AAUUUCUCUUUAGUUUGUCUCUGAUUCACUUUGUGUGAGGACUGAAGCUCGAUCCCCUUUCCUGUCUCAAACUCAGGUUGAAAGCAGACCAUUCACAAUAAUCUUCAUUUAUCAUGACUCUUCAGCGUAUUCUAGUGCUUCUUCUAGUAGCUACAACAAUGGAGAGUGCAACAGAGGCAGAUGAGACAACAACAGAAGCAUCACCAAAAGCAAUGAUGAUGACAGACCCAGGAUCAGAAUCUACACCAGAAAAAUUUACGUCAGCAGCACUUUGUCCCAUCGGAGCUGAGUGGUCAAACUGCGUAGAAUGUAAUUCUGAUUGUGCCACUUUGUAUAUGGUCUGUACUGAGGGCUGCCGAGAGGGGUGUAAGUGUAUCGGACCAGGAUAUGUCUUUUAUGAAGGUUCCUGUAUCCCGGCCAGUAAUUGUCCUACACCAGCAGAAACCACAACAUUUACAAUCUCUGACACAAUCGAGACUACAAUGGAGACAACACAGGAAACCUCUCCUUCGGAAUCCACAACAACGGAGACAACAACAACAGACUGGCCUGCAUCAACAACAUCAACAACAGCAAACAGAUUUACAACAGGAUCAUGGACCACAGUUACUCCUCCCUGUUAUUGACUAAUGGAAAGUCAACCGUUAAUUGAUCCAGAGAACACCAAUCUUUCCUGUUUUCAACCUUCAACCAUCCCAGCAUGCACACUAGGUGAACUGCUACAUAAUACAAGUAGGAAUCUGGAAGGCCUAAUGCUCCCUUGUCUUUUAUAGCAGUAGUAAGUAUGAUAGAGGGGAUAUUUUGUUUUUUGGCAUAAUCAAUCAAUGAAAUAUGUUUGGAUGUGUUGUCUUUGCCCUCCCUUUUCGGUACAAACCCUGCUUGGUCAGUAUGGAUAAUAUCAGGUAAGUAUAACUUUAUUCUGUUGCUUAAGAUCUUCACAUAUAUUUUUAAGUCUAUGUUAAUCAAAGCGACGGGUCUAUAGCUCGGGCAUAAUUGAGGGUCUUUCUCAGGUUUGGGAAUUAUAGUGAUAUGAGCCUCUUAGGCUUGUGGGUGAAAGCUAUUGGCGUUUGUGUGUAAGGGAAACAACUCACCGACACCAUUCUUCUUUUCUAGAUGGCGGCGCCCUGUCCUCCCACAUGGUUCUUCCUGGUUGCAGCACUGUGACACCAGCUCCUUCUCGCCAGCCAAUUUUGGCACCAAAGGAGGCCUAUUUAAAGGAGCCUGAAGACUGCAACAUUGCCUAAAUAUAAGUUUUGCUUUGUGCAUUCCUUGGUGUGAUUCUAGUAUUGUGAUAUCGAUUCCUGUGUACUGACCUUUGCCUAUUUAACCGUUUUGACCCUAUUCUGCCUGGAUUGACCUCUUUGCCUGGACUCUGACCAUUCUAUUGCCAAACCCUUUUUUACCUUGAACUUUGUUUGUUGAACUGCCUCCUCCUUGGUCCGCACUCCAUACUGAGCCUUCGGGCCCAUACAUUGUGACCCCAUUGAAAUAAUCUAGUAGAGGAUAUAUCUCUUUCUUAAAGGACAAGGAAAGCCUAAAAUAGAAUAAGGCUAGAAAUGCUGUAUUUUGUAUACUAAAC